AUGACUGACAUAGCUGAUCCCAUGACCUCACUCCAAGACAGUGAAUAUGUCCAGCUUAUUGAUCUGAUCGACAACCUCAGGUUGAGCGGUGCAGAUCGAUAUGUGUCCCUGCCGCAGCUUGUCGUUUGCGGUGAUCAAUCCUCGGGUAAGAGUUCCGUCUUGGAAGCUCUAUCUGGUGUGCAUUUCCCUGUAAACAAUGGAACAUGCACUCGAUUUGCAACCGAAGUUUGCCUCAGAAGGACGCCAACUGAAACUGCUUCUGCCAGUAUCAUCCCAGGCCCACACGCAUCCGAGGCUCACAAACAGCGUUUACUUGACUAUCAGGAGCGAAAUCUGUCUGUUGACCAGAUUCCAAGAGUUAUCGAAGCAGCAAGAGUGUCCAUAGGUAUCUCAGAUCAGCUCCAAAUAUCGGACGACACGUUACGACUUGAUAUCAGUGGACCGGACCUUCCCAAUUUCACGCUCAUAGAUACACCGGGAAUCAUCCACGGCAUCGAUGAUGCCAAGAACCAGCUGGUCGAAGGCCUCGUCUUCGACUACAUGAAACGAGAGAGAAGCAUCAUACUUGCAGUGGUCAGUACCGAAGGGGAGGUUGAGGGGCAAAAGGUCCUGAACUUUGUCAAGAAAGUGGACCCUGAAGGGCGCAGAACCGUAGGGAUUAUCACCAAGCCAGAUUUGAUCCAGUUAGGAAGACAGCAGCAGUUCUCUAACCUGGCAAGGAAUGUAUUCCACACGCUUAGCAGAGGAUGGCACAUUGUCCGCAAUCGCGAUUCUGCUCGAGAGGAACCCUUCGAUCAGAGCGGCCAGACUGCUGCUGAACAAAGAGCUUUCAGAGAACCACCUUGGAACGAUCUUCCCCCCGCUCGACUUGGCAUUCACAACUUGAGAGAGCAUAUGAAAAAAGUCCUCCUCGAGGAGAUUCGGCAAAAUCUUCCAGAUGUCGUGUCUCAGAUUGAGCAUGAGAAAACCGCAUGCGACUCAGAGUUAAAGGUUCUCGGGCCUUCCAGAUCCUCUCGCGGGGAGCAGCUGCGAUUUCUCCUCGAUAUCCAAUCCAGUUUCAAGACAGUGGUUGAGGAUGGAGUAGUUGGCCGAUAUCAGAGCAAGUACUUGAACGAUAAACCGGACCAACGACUUCGAAAUACGAUCCGUCACCUGAAUGAUGCCUUUUCCCAGGCGAUGGCAGAUCACGGACAUAUGUAUCACGUAACCGACAUGAUGCCCGCCAAAGCAUCUGACUAUCAAGGCGUUGAGCCACCAGAGUCGAUCACCGCCGCCGACUAUAUUCAGCUGAUUCAGAGUACGAUACUUGAGGCUGGGAGGUCGCAGGAGCUCCCAAACCACUACGAUACUUACCUUUCGUGCACGGUCUUCAGGAUCCAGUCACAGCGAUGGGAAAGACUUGCUAGGAAAUACUUGAAGUCGGCCUUUGAGACAACAACCAACUUCCUAUGGACCGCUCUCGAGAGCGUUACUACACCUCCAAAUUCCGCUCUUAUUUGGCAUCGUCUGAUUAAGCCCCAACUGAACAAGAGAUGGGCAGCUCUUGAGCAAAAGCUUGAGGAGAUAUUGAAGCCAUAUACAGAAUUUCAACCGUAUUCUACACCACGAAGAUAUACCACAAAUCUCCGACAUUAUCAGGAAAAAUGGACUACUUUGUCUUCCUCGAGCAGCGUUGUCCGGAAAAUCGAGCAGAUCAACAACGGCGCUGCCUGCACAGAACUGUUGCUUGAUAUGCUGGCCUACUACGAUAAUGCAUUGGCAACCUUCACAGACAACCUGAUCAGCCUAGCAGUGGAAAGUUGCUUGCUCAACGGUCUACCAGAACUCAUCAGCUCAAAUCUGAUCGCCACCAUGAGCGAUUCAGAGCUUUCCAAAUAUGCAGCAGAAUCUGAAGACACGAUUACAAGACGAACGUACGCUCAGCAGAAGCAGCGCACAUUGCACAUGUCACUGGAGAUCCUACAAGAUCAGUUAUGGACAAGUACAUCUAUGAACCUCAACUCUAGGCGACCUCGAGCUUCCUUGAACGGUGAGCAAGUUGCAGGGUCUUCAAGCAACGAAGAGCUAUCCAGUGUCAGGGCGGCUGCUCAAACGCACAACUCACCUCAGCUCAAACCUAGUUCGCGCACACGCAGCACGAACGGCAGCAAUCCCCAGAUCGCAACACCAGGAAUACCUGAAUCUGGGGACACAAUUCUCGAGCGUAACAACAUCAGCGUUCCUAAUCCUCAGGCACCGUCCUGGACAUCUAACACCUUCGACUUUCGAUCCGAGGAUGUUGUGCGAUCCAGAAGCCGCAGACCUCCGGCCUCGCCUACACCCGCCACGCCAUCAACGUCAGCAAGGGGAUCCGAGGACUCGCUUACUCCAGGCACGGAAUACUCGUCUUUGGGAUCAUCUCCCGGUGCCUCGAGUGGUAGGCGUGAUUGGCGGAGGAGUCGUGGGCGGCUUAGCCCACAGCCGAAGGUGGUAGAACCUGUCCCGCCUGCGUUCGGGUCGGAGUCGGGUUUUAACAACAACAACAACAACAACAACAACAACAACAACAACAACAACAACAACAACAACAACAACAACCAACAACAACAACAACAAAAACAACAACAACAACAACAACAACAACAACAACAACAACAACAACAACAACAGCUGUGUAUCAACUGA